UCUGCACUCAGAGUUGCUCUCCGACCAGCGCUGGGGCCCCCGCUCGACAGUCCUGCUGCCAGACUCCACAGGUCCCCUCCCCAGGCUGAUCAUUAACCUGGAGGCUGUAUAAGGAACCAACAGCCCGGGCAGGAGGGACACCUUGCAGCUGCCACUAUGGACGGCAGCACCUGGAGCCCCCCGGCCACGACCACUGCCGAGCCCCUCAAGGCCUAUGAGCGCAUCCGCAAUGCGGCUGACAUCUCUGUCAUCGUCAUCUACUUCGUGGUGGUGAUGGCUGUCGGACUGUGGGCCAUGUUUUCCACUAACCGUGGGACCGUUGGAGGCUUCUUCCUGGCAGGACGAAGUAUGGUGUGGUGGCCGAUUGGAGCCUCUCUGUUUGCCAGCAACAUUGGAAGCGGCCACUUUGUGGGACUGGCGGGGACCGGAGCAGCUGCAGGAAUUGCCACUGGGGGCUUUGAAUGGAAUGCCCUGGUUUUGGUGGUUGUGCUAGGCUGGGUGUUUGUCCCCAUUUACAUUAAGGCAGGGGUGGUGACGAUGCCAGAGUACCUGCGGAAGCGAUUUGGAGGCCAGCGGAUCCAGGUCUACCUGUCUGUCCUGUCCCUGGUGCUGUACAUUUUCACCAAGAUCUCGGCAGACAUCUUUUCUGGGGCCAUAUUCAUCAACUUGGCCUUGGGCCUGGAUCUCUACCUAGCCAUCUUUAUCUUAUUGGCAAUCACUGCCCUUUACACAAUCACAGGGGGCCUGGCGGCUGUGAUUUACACAGACACCUUGCAGACGGUGAUCAUGCUGCUGGGGUCUUUCAUCCUGACUGGGUUUGCUUUCCACAAAGUGGGAGGGUAUGGUGCCUUCGUGACAAAAUACAUGAAUGCCAUUCCAACUGUGACAUCUUAUGGAAACACCACCAUCAAGGAAGAGUGCUACACCCCGAGGGCUGACUCCUUCCACAUCUUCCGAGAUCCUCUCAAGGGAGACCUGCCCUGGCCUGGGCUCAUCUUUGGGCUGACCAUCAUCUCCCUGUGGUACUGGUGCACAGACCAGGUCAUUGUGCAGCGCUGCCUCUCCGCCAAAAACAUGUCGCACGUGAAGGCCGGCUGCAUCAUGUGUGGGUACAUGAAGCUGCUGCCCAUGUUCCUCAUGGUGAUGCCAGGGAUGAUCAGCCGCAUCCUGUUCACAGGACUGCGAGGCCUGAUGCUGUCGGUCAUGCUGGCCUCUCUCAUGAGCUCCCUGACCUCCAUCUUCAACAGCGCCAGCACCCUCUUCACCAUGGACAUCUACACCAAGAUCCGGAAGAAAGCGUCUGAGAAAGAGCUCAUGAUCGCAGGAAGGUUGUUCAUGCUGGUGCUGAUCGGUGUCAGCAUCGCCUGGGUGCCCAUCGUGCAGUCAGCACAAGGCGGACAGCUCUUCGACUACAUCCAGUCCAUCACCAGUUACUUGGGACCACCCAUCGCAGCAGUCUUCCUGCUUGCUAUUUUCUGCAAGAGAGUCAAUGAGCCGGGAGCCUUUUGGGGAUUGAUCAUAGGAUUUUUGAUCGGGGUGUCCCGUAUGAUUACCGAGUUUGCCUAUGGAACCGGGAGCUGCAUGGAGCCCAGCAACUGUCCCACGAUUAUCUGUGGUGUCCACUACUUGUAUUUUGCCAUCAUCCUCUUUGUCAUUACCAUCAUCAUCAUCCUGGCCGUCUCCCUCUUCACCAAGCCCAUUGCAGAUGUGCAUCUCUACCGCUUGUGCUGGAGCCUGCGUAACAGCAAAGAGGAGCGUAUUGAUCUGGAUGCAGAAGACGAGGACAUUCAAGAUGCCCGGGAGGAUGCCUUAGAAAUAGACACAGAAGCUUCUGAGGAGAAAAAAGGAUGCUUCAGGCGGGCCUAUGACCUGUUCUGUGGCCUGGACCAGCAGAAAGGCCCCAAAAUGACGAAGGAAGAGGAGGCAGCCAUGAAGCUGAAGAUGACAGACACCUCGGAGAACCGUUUGUGGCGGAUGGUAGUGAACAUCAAUGGCAUCAUUCUGUUGGCCGUGGCUGUCUUCUGCCAUGCCUACUUUGCCUGAGUCCUGCUUUCUGCUGCAGGCUGUGCUUGUGGAGGCUGGAGUCUUCACUCUGUUUCUCUUUGGUCCCAUUCAGUGGUGUUAAAGGGACAACAGCCAGUUGUAAACUGCCCUGUCAAUAAAUGUGUACAUUUGUAAUUACAGGCUAGCUGGAGAAAAAUCACUGAUUUGCUGUUAACUUAUAUAUUUGAGGCCAGUGUGGUACAGUCAUCUGUACGUAUCAGAGCUGCAGAAGGAAAUUCCCCUCAGUCCAGUGACUAGGAAAAAGCAGACUAAGAUACAGAAGCCCCGUGAUGUCUGAUGCAAGUUUUUCUCAGGUAGAUUCAGUGUGUUAACAUUGUUUGUGAUCCUUAAAUAUUGCUUAAAGAGUUGUGGUCCCCUGAUUACUACCACUUUCUCUAUCUAACCUCUCCCCUCAUUUUUUUUUUUUGAAAGAAGCAUCACCCUACCUCAUGAAAUCCUUGUCAAGUUUUCCUGGCACAAGAAAAAUCAAUCUGAUAAAUUGAUGAACACAUUGAACCUGAGGAUGGAAGCUUGAUGGGGUCUGUGUCCUGGGUGUUUGCUCUUUGAAGGAGAGGCCUGGACAUGGCAGUACCAGUGCCAAUAAAAGGGAUCCAGGCACCAGCCUUGGGCCAGAGGGGAAAGCAGAUAAUCUUGAGUCAAGGGGGUUUUCUGGCUUUCUUGAAAAUGUUCAUUGUCAGUUCCUUGUGUUUGAGAUUUCAUUUGUUUUGGCAUUUCCUGUGCCUGGACUAUCUUAGCCACUCAGUAAUGUUUGUGGACUGAAAGGAUGACAUGUGUAUUUGUUAAUAAAUGCUUAUUUUCUUUUUGGGCUUCCCUGGUGGCUUAGAUGACAAAGAGUCUGCCUGCAGUUCAGGAGACCUGGGUUUGAUCCCUGGGUCGGGAAGAUCCCCUGGAGAAGGAAAUGGCAACCCACUCCAGUAUUCUUGGCUGGAGAAUCCUAUGGACGGAGGAGCCUGGCGGGCUACAGUCCAUGGGGUUACAAAGAGUUGGACACGACUGAGUGACUUCCCUUUUCUUUUUGGUUAACCUUAUGGCUGCACCGAGUACACUCUCUGGUGACUAUAAUGAAUCGGGGUGCCUUUUCCAGAGGCUCCGCUUCCUCGUGGUGCUGAUGUAACUGAUUCUGUGGGGGCUUAGUAAUUGACUCUGUGUCACAUAAUGAGCAAACAUGCCUCUGGCGGCACUUGUCAUCUCAGAGCGGCUGCACUCUCCUAAAACACUGACACUUUUAGCCCAAGAUCCUCCUCCCUGUGAGUUCAGGCGGCCACAGCUCUUUUCCCUUAUGUGUCUUGAUUGGUGAUCAUCCGUUGAACAAGGUUAGAGUGGGUGGUCUCUGUUCCAGGUGGUAUUUUGUUCAACAUAUUCAUUUCCUGUUGUACCUCUUUCCUAAGGAGAAAUUUUAAAAAUUAAAUUUAAAUUUGAUUAAUCCUUUUAGUUCCACCUGUGAAAUCUAAUCAUUUUGUAAUAUAAUUCUGUGGAAGUCAUGUUGUUUGUAUUGACUGAUUUGAGACUAGCUUAGCAAAUAGGUGGGAUCUGAGGUAGUAGUUCCUGGGGUUUAAAAAUGGUUCAACAGGUAAAGAAUGGCUUGUUCUUAUGAAAGGAAAUGAAAAUAUUUGAUGUGCCCUCAUAUUCCCCUUAAGCCAGGCAGAGAAGAGGGAAGAGUGGAAAAUUUCACAUGGCUAGUAUUGCUCAGAGUACUCAGCUUUGUGAGGAGUUUGUGAAAUUUUUGAGCUCAGAGAAGAUAAAGAAUGAUGACUGAAAGCUGGCGGAUUGAGCAGGCAUUCAGUAUCUAGAUGUCCUAGAUUCUGUUUCUGACCUUGCCAAUGAUUCACUGUGUAUAUUGUGGUAAAUUAUUUUUUGUCUCAACUGUGUAUUUUUCUUUUUGAAAAAAUGAGGACCUUGGUACUUAUAGCAUAUACCUACCUCCUCUAGGUGUGACAAGGUCACUUUGAAAAGUGGAUGAGUGAAAAGAGGAUGGCAUCUUUCUUACAUACAUGAAGAAUGCCAACAGAUGUUAUAUUAAACUGCAUUUAGUCCUUUUCAUUAAAAUUUAUUACUUUGGUAAAAAAAAAAAUAAAAAUACUGAAAAGCCA